CCAGAUGAAAGAGAUUCCUUUCAUGCAGAGGAUGUUGACUCUGUUGAUGCCUCCUCUGAGAAUGGCUUCAUGCUGCCAAGCUUCGUCAUGUCACCAGCUGCCCAAAGCCACCGACUUCGACGCACCAGAGUGCCAACCAAGUGCAGGGAAUGUGAAGGCUUCAUGGUCUCUGGUGUGGAAUGUGAAGAGUGCUAUUUGACUUUUCACAAGAAAUGCCUGGAAAGUUUGCUUAUCAAAUGUGGUCACAGUAAACUGCCCAACAAAGUUCCCUUAUUUGGUGUGGAUUUCUGCAAUUUCCCAAGAUACUUCCCCGAAGAGGUG